AUGAACAUCUGUGCUGAAUAUGGACUUGAGGUCACACAGUCAAAGUGGGAGACAGCACCAUGGCUGGUGGAGAAUGAAAGGGUUAAGAAGAUACUGUGGGACUUCCAGGUCCAGACUGACAAACAGGUGAGGAAGAACCAACCGGACCAUGUGGCGGUGGUGAUGGAGCAAUCCCAGGUGAAGAAGAUCGGGGGCGGUGGGUUUGGGGAGAUCUACGAGGCACUGGACCUACUGACGCGGGUCAGCGUGGCGCUGAAGGUGGAAUCAGCCCAGCAGCCCAAACAGGUGCUGAAGAUGGAGGUCGCUGUCCUGAAGAAGCUGCAGGGGAAAGACCACGUGUGUCGCUUUGUGGGAUGUGGCCGCAACGAUCGCUUUAACUACGUGGUGAUGGAGCUCCAGGGUCGAAACCUGGCGGACCUGAGGAGAAGCAUGCCUCGUGGAACAUUCAGCAUCAGCACCACCCUGCGUCUAGGGCGCCAGAUCCUAGAGGCCAUAGACAGCAUCCACUCUGUUGGCUUCCUGCAUCGCGACAUCAAACCGUCUAAUUUUGCCAUGGGCCGCUUCCCAAGCACUUGUCGGACCUGCUACAUGCUGGACUUUGGUUUAGCUCGUCAGUUCACCAACUCGUGUCAGGAAGUCCGGCCGCCGCGUCCAGUUGCGGGCUUCAGGGGAACGGUUCGGUACGCUUCUGUCAACGCUCACAAGAAUAAGGAGAUGGGUCGUCAUGACGACCUGUGGUCUCUCUUCUACAUGCUGGUGGAGUUUCUGGUGGGUCAGCUGCCCUGGAGGAAGAUCAAAGACAAAGAGCACGUGGGGAAGCUGAAGGAGACGUACGACCAUCGGCUCAUGCUCAAACAUUUGCCGGCAGAGUUCACGGUUUUCCUGGAGCACGUCUCCAGCCUGGACUACUACACCAAGCCUGACUUCCAGCUGCUGAUGUCGGUGUUUGACAGCAGCAUGAAAACGUACAAUGUUGUUGAAAACGACCCGUUCGACUGGGAGCGGACCAGCACGGACGGCACUCCCACCAUCAGCGCCAGCGCCACGACACCGCAGCAUCACACUCGCCUCACUCCCGCACACAUGGGGAUGGCGAACGCCUCUUUGAUCCCUGGCGACCUGCUGAGGGAGAACACGGACGAAGUUCUGCAAGAUGAGCAGCUGAGCGACGUAGAGAACAAUCCUGUUCCUGAACGUGCGCCGGGCUCCCCCCUCCACCCCCAGCGUAACCAGGAGGCUGAUGUUUGGGAGGAGCUGGACCGAAACCGUAACCGCAUCAGGACGACUGCCUGGAAGACGGCAGCGGAGGAGGAUCAGUGCAACAACCAGGGACUUCCUGGACACCAGAGUCCCUACACAGGACCAAGUCUGGGCUCUCUUGUCAAAGUGCCCUCUGAGGUGGCCCCUGCAGAUCGUGAUGGCCCCCUCCUGAGAAAACUCCACAACAUCCACAGCUUGGAGCUGGAAAGGAGGCUGGGCCUGGACUCAAAGCCCAGCCCAGAGCGGUUCCAGGAAGCAUGUUCAGGAAAACAGCAGCUCAGCACCCAGCACCAGGAGAAGGAGACCGCUGCAGCCCACGGUCCAGCUGUGGCUGCUGGUGAGCGUUGUGACCGCGUCUGGCACUAUGACGAGGACUUCCGGUCUAUAGAUGGUUCUCCUAAACCAGCGUCACCAGGAUCCUUUGAGCAGGGAGAGGGGGCAGCUAGCAGUGGGGGCUUCGUGGCUCUUAACUUGAGCUCGGGGAGGCAGGACGUUGACUCAAAGGAAUGGGUAAUGGUGGAGCGGCCCAGUGGCUCCCCCAGGGCUAAAGUUACCAGCAGCCCUUCGGAGGAGGAUGAAGAGCCAGAGGUGCUGCAGCUGGAGGAAGAGUCCCCUGGAUGGGAAAAGGGCAGGCCAAGCCCGAGUUCUGGCCACGCUCAACAAGAAACAGUGGCUCCCUCUAAAGGAAGUGCAAAAAUGGAGCUGAGUGUGGACCCUGCAGGGGAUGUGCCCCCAAUGACAGCAACCAGCCCAGCUGAGGCUCUGGCCGAGGGAAUCCUCACGCAGCUUCCCACCUCUCCUCCAUCUCUGCCUGAGGAGGUCAUGGUCCGGACGUCCAGCCCCGUCCCUCUGCGCUCUCCCAGUCCUCACACCCUCCUGACAACGCUGUCAGACCCACUGCAGCAGCGCCAGCCAGCAGGCAUCCGGCGCAGCCAGUCGGCCGACCAGCCGCAGCAUCAGGAACGCCCAUCCUCCUCUUCCUCCUGCCACGCCCCCCUUCCUCUGCCGCCUAACCCUUCCCCAGGCGCUCGCUCGCCCAGCCGCAGGAAACUGCCGGCCAUCCCUGCUGGUGCUGCCAACACCAAGUUUCCCUCAGUCAUUCGCAUCACCCGCGCCCAGCUUCAGCAGCUGACAGCUCAGCGUCCAUCUGGGCUGUCCUCUCCGUCAGGAUCCAACAGUCCUCCACCAUGCCUCGUGCUAGAGAAGUAUGGUGAAGCUGAGGCCAAGGCUCAGCAGAAAGAACACACAGCAGACAACAGCUCCCCACAGAACCAGUUGCCCAUCCACCCAGUAACACCGACUAACCCGGUUGAAACGCUGGUCAGUGAAGACUACCACACCAAAGCUCAAAGGCCCGUGCCAAGCUGUUCAUCCUCACCACGUUCCCCCCGUUUGACGCAUUCACCUCCUCUGUGCUCACCGUCCUCACCACAUUCUCCUCAGAGCCCUGUUUUGACCAAUGGUUGUCUUUCUUCUCCUGUCGGCAGCCAAAAUAUUGCUCUCCCUAAGCUAAAAGACCCCAACAGUGAUUCCCGUCCCACUCCAUCUGCCACAGAAGCUCAGAUAGAGGAGGGAAAGGGUGGAGAUGUGAGUAUGGCCCCACAACAGACUGAUGGUCCAGCCUCUUCCCCUGCUGCCCCCCGCAAGGACCCCAGCCGGAAGCAAAGCCGCAUUCCCGUGCUUGAACCCUCCAGCCUGCUGGAGCUCCCUCCUCCAGGCUCUGCCAAGGAGAAGCUUUUACAGAAAAAAGCCAGCCAUCAGGGCUCAGUGCCCUCACCAACAGCCUCUCCCUCCCUAUCUGAUAGGCGUGGCCCCGUUGUUGCCUCCCUCGUUAGGGACCCAUUGUCCUCCACUUCUGACCGCUCCCAGGAUGAAGACUCUCUCAUGGGCUCUCCAUCUGACCGCCAGGGAGAUGAGGCGCCAUCUCUCUCAUCCUCCUCCAGCCCUCUGUCUCGGAAGAGCAGGAUUCCUCGUCCAGUGCAUCCUGCCUCCUCUGCAGAGCAGCUGAAUGCCCACUUCCUGCCACGCCCACCCCCUGGAAAGCCACCUUGUCGCCCCACUGCAGAUGGCAGACCCAGGCGUUACCGCAUUCGAGCUGGCAGCACCAGUGACUCGGACCUCCUGUCGUGCCUCGCCCAGCUGAUGCAUGGCUCCCGCGGCUCCCCCCUCCACCCCUCAGUUCAGCACGGGGGCUCCAGAUUGGGCAUCUGCAGCUUGACAAGCUCUCCGCUGCACCAUCGCAGCUCCAGCGCUUUUCUGCGAAGUUCCUCUUCCUUGCAUCGCUCCGUCAGCUCCUCGCCAUCCCGCCACGAGCACUGCGGCGGCACAGGAGGGGUCUGUUUGGGCCGCAGCCACUCGCCCCCCAGCUUUUCCAGCUCCCCGCCUCCCCGCCGCUUCUACCUCCACCACCAGGAGACGUGCUGCAGCCGCCAAGCGAGAACAGGUUCCCUCCACCUGUCCAGGGGGAAGGGUUGCAGCCGAGAGGGCAAGUGCUCCAGCAAGCUGAGCAGAUAGCUGCGCCCCUGGUUGCCCCCCCAGCAGAGGAACAUUCCCAACACCACGGUACAAUCACAGUAAGAAUAAAAGCCUGAGUCUUCCUGGUAAAGCUAAUAAUUAGUUUCAUUCCGUGCUGUUGGAUAAAACUCGCAGGUUACACCAGUUCAGCCCCAGUUGUGAAAACGAUGGGAUGUUGUGUUAGAAGGGUCAGAAACACAAAGCAGCGUUUCAAAUCUCAUUAACCCGUAUUUUAUUCACAACACAACACUGUAACCAUCAACUCUUAAGAACUGACGAGACGUGUCCCAUUCUUGUCUAACCUAG